GAAAAUGUUAUGUCCGCCCCUUGUAUCUCCACUGAUAGGGUGACAGAUAAACAAAUGAUGGCUGAUCUAAUUUAUUAACCGUAAUCACAUGUAGGAUUAUUUAUCAUGUUUAUCAAUAUAUUGGCGGCACUGACCAUCUCUUUAUUCACAGGGGCUCUCUGUUACCCCUCAUGUCCACUUGGCUCCGGCUGGGUCGCCUACAACGGCUCCUGCUAUUUAUUCAGCAACCACAAGUUAAAAUACAGCGAGGCUUUUGCCGAGUGUGGACAACUGGAUUCAGAUCUGCUCUAUUUCUACACCGAGGCCGAUCGGCUCGACUUUGUGGCGGUCAUAAACAACCAGAAGAUAUACAAAGAAAGAUGGUGGACAUCACUCACAGACGCCGGUCAUCCCGGGGGAUGGACCUGGGGCAACAAUGCCGCCGCUACCCUGGCGACGGGCAACUCUGUCGUUUGGAACUCAGAACCAGACGAUACUCACCACUUGGAGAACUGUGUAGCCCUGAACAACCAGGGAGCCAUCAGUGACGAGGACUGUACGGAACAACACAGCUACCUCUGCGAGUAUACAUCCACUACAGGAUGUAUUGACGGUUGGACGCAGUCAGGGACUUCCUGUUAUCUUUUCUCCUCGCAGUAUGACGUCAGUUCCUGGAAAGCGGCUAGCGCCACUUGUGCCAACUACCAAGUAUCCACCACCAACCCAACCUACUUAGCAAGGAUCGAAACCAACCAGGAACUUAUAACACUUGGCAUGCUGUUUUCGACAAUGUCAGAAACCAGUCAGAUAUGGUGGAUAGGCAUGACGGACCAGGCUGUGGAGGGAGUGUGGAGAUGGGAGAACGGCCAAAAAGUCCAGCUCGGUAUUCUAAACUGGGCAAACGAACCGAACAACCUUGGCGGAUUGCAACACUGUGGCUUGAUUUACAACAACGGCAGAUUUGGUGAUGAGUCUUGCGACACUCUGGCUUAUUAUGUGUGCAAAACUCAAACUACAGACGCCAUGCCCGCUAUGAACAAACUGGGUUGUCCAAACAAUUGGUUGCGUGCUGGACACAAGUGCUAUAAGUUCAACACUGGAGCAAGCCAUACUUGGCAGGAGUCCAGCGACGCUUGCCACAGAACAAACUCUCGUCUGCUUCAGAUUACUACCAAAGACCAAAAGGAUUGGAUUCAGUACAUUACAAUGCGGUUUCGUGCCUUCGCUUUCUGGUCUGGUCUCCAUUUUCAUCCUGUUGACAAAACUUGGUACUGGACAAACGAACAGAAAGCUAGUAUGGAUUUGGUGCGUUGGAAUGCUGAACCUAAUGAUUUCGAUGGACAGGAAAACUGUGGUCUUAUACUUCAAGACGGCACUUUCAAUGAUUUCUCCUGCUUCAAACCUCUCCCAUAUAUCUGUGAACUUCAGUCAGAAGAUGCCCCCUGUCCGUCUGGCUGGGUAUCGUCACCAUCAGAGGACGACUUCAGCUGUUACUACAUCAGCAACACUACACAGGAAGUCAGGGCCACGUGGUAUGAGUCACGUGAUCUUUGUCAAAAGUUGAUUACGAAUAUGGAUGGAUACCUCCUUGCAAUUAACAACCAAGAAGAACUGACGUUUAUUGUGAAUCUACUGAAGCAGCGGCCCACGGCCCUGGGGUGGUGGACGGGUCUGAAUGAUCUCAAGACAGAGGGUGUGUGGGUGUAUGACACAGACUUCAAUAACCCGGUCUUAGCCGGUCUCAUACCAUGGAACAAAGAGCCGAAUAACUCCGGCGGAUCUGACUACUGCGCAGUGAUUUAUUAUGGCGGACGGUACAAUGACGUCGACUGCAGCAGGAAGGCCGCUUAUAUCUGUGAGACGGACGCCUUUGGGAACAGUUUAGGUUCAAAGCAAGAUAUCAACAUGCGAAUGAUUCUUUUUAUUGUGUUGUUGACAAGUUUUCAAAUGAGGUGACAUCGGUAAAUGAGCUUGAAAUGUAUCGGUUCUCCAUUUAUUGCAUGCAUGGCUAAAAUUGUGAACAUUACAUUUGAUCUCACACGUCUGGUCAAUUACGAAAGAAAUAUAUAAACAGUUUUUAUUACAAAAAACAAGUUUUUAUUAAGUUAGCUCAACUUUUAAGUGUUACAACACAGAGGAACUGAAUUAUUUAGGUUAAGUUUUGGUCAACGCUUUCAAAAUGAGAGCGCAACGUUGUAAUGAUGCUACAAAUUAAGCUACUUAGCAUACAUUAAUGUCCAUUCAUUUUUAAGAUAUGUACAUGAUUAUACUGUCUUAAUAUGUCCACUCACCUACUGCACAUUGCAAAUUUGUAUAUAAUUUUAUAUGUAAAAUAAUUUGCAUUCCGAUGAGUUGUAAAGUUCAAGGCCAAUAAAUUGAAGUGAAUUGAAUUGAAUUGGUGUGUUUUGUAGGAUGUGAGAUUUUCAUUUUUUAUGAAUUAUUUAUAAAAUACAAUGUAUGUUAUUAAUUGUGCAAUAAAUAAUUUUUUUGUGACUGAUACUGUCAAUGUUUUAUUUU